ACCCCGCGAUUUCAUCAAAGCAUCAACUGCAUCAACUCUUCAUAACUUCAUAACUUCACGACUUACCACGAGAAGAGUUUUGAUUUUGAAAUACCAAAGGUUGCGCAAAGCCUCAAGAGAAAGGCGACCAAAACUCAUCCCAACGUGCAAUCGUAUUGAACCAACUGCAUCUCCACACAAUCCAAAAUGGCCACUACCGUCGAUAGAAUGACAUUGACGGAUAGGCAAAGAAAACCAAAGGAUCCUAAUUUACCUCCAGAGAAUGAAAGAUACUUGAGAGCAUGUUCAGAUAUUGCUAGCGCAUUAGUACAGGAUCAUGAAUCUCAACAGGAUCCAAAUACGCCGAGGAAGGAUAUCAAUUUGAAUAGUUUGAGGGCCAAAAUGUCAAAACGUCACAGGCUCAGUAAUAUUCCACCAUUGACUGCUAUUAUUGCCGCCAUUCCAGAACAUUAUAAGAAAUAUAUUCUUCCAAAGUUAAUUGCAAAGCCAAUCAGGAGUGCUUCUGGUAUUGCGGUUGUCGCAGUCAUGUGUAAACCACAUCGAUGUCCUCACAUUGCCUACACAGGAAACAUCUGUGUCUAUUGUCCCGGUGGACCUGAUUCCGAUUUCGAAUAUUCUACACAAUCAUAUACUGGUUAUGAACCUACAUCAAUGAGAGCGAUUCGAGCACGAUAUGAUCCUUUUGAACAAGCGCGAGGAAGAGUAGAUCAAAUUAAAUCUCUCGGCCACAGCGUCGACAAGGUUGAAUAUAUUAUUAUGGGUGGUACUUUCAUGUCACUAUCUGAAAGUUACAGAGAUGGGUUUAUCUCCCAGUUACACAAUGCGCUUAGUGGAUAUCAAGGAAAUAAUGUAGACGAAGCAGUUCAAGCUGGUGAGAUGAGCAACAUCAAAUGUGUUGGUAUCACAAUUGAAACUCGACCGGAUUAUUGCUUACAACCACAUUUAUCUGCUAUGCUAAGAUAUGGUUGCACGCGUUUGGAGAUUGGUGUACAAUCUCUGUACGAGGACGUUGCUCGAGAUACCAACAGAGGUCACACAGUGGCUUCAGUUGCAGAAACAUUUUGCUUGGCGAAGGACGCUGGCUUCAAAGUUGUUAGCCAUAUGAUGCCAGAUUUACCCAAUGUUGGAAUGGAGAGAGAUUUAGAUCAAUUCAGGGAAUAUUUCGAGAACCCCGCCUUUAGAACCGAUGGUCUCAAAAUUUACCCAACAUUGGUCAUUCGUGGAACUGGUUUAUACGAACUCUGGAGAACUGGCAGAUACAAGAACUACACACCAAAUGCCCUUAUCGAUAUAGUCGCUCGCAUCCUCGCUCUUGUACCACCGUGGACUCGUAUUUAUCGUGUUCAAAGAGAUAUUCCAAUGCCGUUAGUCACAUCUGGUGUUGAGAAUGGAAACCUUCGAGAGCUUGCGUUGAGUAGAAUGAAGGAUUUUGGUACUACUUGCCGUGAUGUUCGAACUCGUGAAGUUGGUAUCAAUGAGGUUAAGAAUAAGAUUCGACCUUCUCAGGUUGAACUUGUUCGAAGAGACUAUACCGCAAACAAAGGAUGGGAGACAUUCUUAGCAUAUGAAGAUCCAAAGCAAGAUAUUCUUAUUGGAUUACUUCGUUUGAGAAAGUGUUCUAAAACACACACCUUUAGGCCCGAGCUUACUGGACAGCCUACGAGUAUAAUUCGUGAGCUUCACGUUUAUGGCUCAGCUGUCCCAGUUCAUGCUCGUGAUCCAAGAAAGUUUCAACAUCAAGGUUAUGGUACAUUACUCAUGGAAGAAGCUGAAAGAAUUGCCCGAAAUGAGCAUGGAAGUACAAAGAUAAGUGUCAUCAGUGGUGUUGGUACAAGAGAUUAUUAUCGAAGAUUAGGCUAUUGGUUGGAUGGUCCUUACAUGAGUAAGAUGCUCCCACCAAAGGAUGACGAGGAUAGUGAUGACGACUUUUGAUUUCAAAAUAUCCAAAUUCUCGGUCUAGUCGCCGCACCUGACUCUAUAAUCUGUCAUCACAAUGCUUACCUGGCAAUGCAAUUAUCACGUCCAGCUAUCAUAUUGGCGCAGUAAUCUCACUGUCGUCUUAUGUUCUCAAUAUAUUUGGGUAUUAAUACUUCGAUUCUGAGACUUUUACGUGUGGUAGGACUUUUGUUCCGCUUCUUAGCAAAGAAUUCAAGGUUGAAGUGAUAAAACCCUCAAGUCGAGAGUCUCUCACAGCGACAAUAUCACCAGAAGAAGCAGUUGAUACCCCAGAAAGUAGCUGCAAAUCUCCCGUGCGCUAGCAGAUGCUCUUGUCACAAAAUUGCCCUCACUUCACGGCUUCGAUACUUCGAAGGAAUGUUUUGCAUGUUCGGGAUGGCUGGUAGCCAUUCUGAUUAUCGCCGGGUGUUUGAUUUGAGUUACUUGAAUCAAUUUAGCGUGUCCGUAUCGCAUUUCCUGAAAUAUCUGGGCAUGCGAUAUGGAGGCGGGGUAGGUUGUGAAUCAUAGAAGAACCUGAUCUAGAUGUCACACUUUAGAGUUUAAUUGAAUGACCAAUACUUUGUUUCUAUGAUGUUUUAGCUCACAUGCAAUGUACCAAAAUCAGAGUAGCGUUUAUCGUGGUGUAUACUAAUACUUGAGGAUGUCUACAAUAAAUUG